CUCCCGGCCCGGCCCCGCUCCCGGCACGGCGAUGGCGGCCCCGGUGCAGGACAUGGCCGCGGUGCGGGACAGGGCCCCGGUGCGGGACGCGGCCUCGGCCAGCAGCGCGGGCCCGUGGUCGCUGCGGCACCUGCACCUGGACCUGUGCGUGUCGUUCGCGGCCGCAGGCGCGGGGCGGCUGCGCGGGCGCGCCCGGCUGGAGCUGCGCUGCGAGCGGGGCGGCGCGGGCGGCGCGGAGCUGCGGCUGGACGCGCACCCCGCGCUGGCCGUGAGCCGCGCCGCGCUGCUGCCGCCGCCGGGCGGGCCCGGGGACGCGGCCGGGCAGGCGCUGCCCGUGGAGAGCCGGCCCUUCGCCAGCUAUGGCAGCGCCCUGCACAUCACCCUGCCCCAGGCCCCCCGUGCCGGGCAGCUGCUCACCCUCCUCAUCGACUACGAGGCGGGCGAGGGGCCCGGGGUGUGCUGGCUGUCCCCCGAGCAGACGGCAGGGAAGCAGAAGCCCUACAUGUACACACAGGGCCAGGCUGUCCUCAACAGGUCCUUCUUCCCCUGCUUUGACACCCCCUCAGUCAAGUUCACCUAUUCAGCUACCGUGAAGGUCCCUGAGGGCUUCACGGCUGUGAUGAGUGCCACGAGCUGGGAGAAGGAGAAGGAUAACACCUUUGUAUUCAAGAUGUCCCAGCCAAUCCCCUCCUACCUGAUCGCUCUGGUUGUUGGGGACAUCGUGUCUGCUGAUGUUGGCCCAAGGAGCCGUGUCUGGGCUGAGCCCUGCCUGAUUGAGGCUGCCAAGAAGGAGUACGACGGGGUGAUUGAGGAGUUCCUGGUGGUUGGAGAGAAACUCUUUGGACCUUAUGUUUGGGGCAGGUAUGACAUCCUGUUCAUGCCGCCCUCCUUCCCCUUUGGAGGCAUGGAGAACCCCUGCCUCACCUUCGUCACGCCGUGCCUGCUGGCCGGGGACCGCUCCUUGGUGGACGUCAUCAUCCACGAGAUCUCCCACAGCUGGUUUGGCAACUUGGUCACCAAUGCCACGUGGGGCGAGUUCUGGCUGAAUGAGGGCUUCACCAUGUACGCCCAGAGGCGCAUCUCCACCGAGGUCUACGGUUUGCCCUACACCUGCCUGGAGGCUGCCACGGGACGGGCCCUCCUGCGCCAGCACAUGGACGCCACGGGGGAGGAGCACCCGCUCAACAAGCUGCGGGUGGUGAUCGAGCCAGGUGUCAAUCCAGAUGACACGUACAAUGAAACACCCUAUGAGAAGGGCUACUGCUUCGUUAGCUACUUGGCCCAUCUUGUGGGCAACCAGAGCGAGUUUGAUGCCUUCCUCCAGGCCUACGUGAACAGGUUCAAGUUCCAGAGCAUCACUGCAGAUGACUCCCUCGGGUUCUUCCUGGAGUACUUCCCGGAGCUGAAGGCGAAAGGCGUGGACUCCAUCCCAGGGUUUGAAUUUGACCGCUGGCUGAACACGCCGGGCUGGCCGCCCUACCUGCCUGACCUGUCACCCGGGCAGCAGCUGAUGAGGCCGGCAGAUGAGCUGGCAGAGCUCUGGGCAGCUGAUGGCUUGAACAUGGAGGCGAUCGAAGCCGUGGACAUCACGGGCUGGAGGACAUACCAGCUGGUUUAUUUCCUGGAUCAGGUCCUGCAGAAAUCCCCCCUGCCUGAAGGCAAUGUGAAAAGGCUGAGCAAGAUGUACCCCAAGAUCUCCAAGGCCCAGAAUGCUGAGCUGAGACUGCGCUGGUGCCAGAUUGUCCUCAAGAACAACCUGGAGGCUGAGUACAGCAAAGUCAAGGACUUCCUGCACAGUCAGGGCAAGCAGAAGUACACGCUGCCCCUGUACCGCGCCAUGUGGGGCGGCUCCGAGGCCACCCGUGCCCUGGCCAUGGAGACCUUCUCUGCCACGGCCCCCCAGCUCCACGUCAACGUCCAGAACUAUGUCAAGAAGAUCCUGGGCUUGCAGGGGGCUGAGGCUUGAGGCAGACUGGGCUCUGCUCCCUCCGCUGGUGUUCAUGCGGGCAGGAGCUCAGUGCCUCCCUCUCACUGCACAUUUCCUUAUUAAAAUGUGUAAUUUUU